GGGAGGUUUAUUACCAUCGUUCCAGUUUUCACUGGGGUUAGGUUUUCCCUAAACCAGUUGGGUAUUCCCCAUUUUGGGCUGGAAAGUUUGCCACGUCAUCUAAAACUUAUACAAGUCCCCAACGCACCGUUUUUACCGCAUCAACGAUCAAACCAGUCUUCGUCGUUCGUCUCCGUACCUGGUUCCGGUGUGUCUGUUCAAAUCUGUAGCUUGCGACGGAUUGACAGAAAAUUUUUGAAUGUUGGGGAGGAAUUAUGGAAGGAAACUCUGCCAUUGCAAUCGGGUUCUCACCUCUACCAACUAAAAGGGAUUAAACCAUCUACUUGGUAUGAAGUGAAGAUAUCCUAUCCAGCUUCUAUACCAGCGAGAUUUUCUAUAGAAUUGAAAAAUGACAUUACAGAGCUGGGACGGAACCGAAACAGGAGGUUACUGAAUACUGAGAAAUUAAUUUUCAAGACUGAUGGUGUUACUGUACUCAAUAAUCAGGACAAAGUGUACGUAUUGGUGACUGUGGAGCCUGAAGGAUUUGUUGCAAUACCACAUGUACCAGAGAGGAAGUUCAUCAUAUACAAUAUAGUUUGUGACGAGCUAUUAUUAUGCAUCCCGUACAAAGCUUGGUGGGUAGCAGUCAUGGCAUUGCUCUGUUUGGCUUUGGCAUUAAUUGUUCCUCGCUUUCUUCCAACUUAUUUGGUUCCCGAUAAUCAAAGACCCGAGUCGGUGGAUCCAAACCCCUCCAAGAAGCAUUGAAAGAUAACAAGGUCCAUGCCUUCAUUUUCAAGUUUUUAUUUCUCCUAAUCUUUCAUUCUGUAGUUGCUUCUGAGUUGGAACCAUUCUUUGCUUUCAUCUUAGAUCCGUAGAGAAAUAUAUAAAUACAAAUAAAUUUCGAUGAGUGAUGCCA